CCCCUCUUUUGCUCCUUCAUUCACCUGGUUGUUGGUACUUGGUAUCUCCACAGAGAAAAAUAAAAUAAAAUGAUCAACUUGAUUAGUUCUCUCGAACUCUCAUCUCUCACUCUUGAAGAUCCAUGGCCUGCUUUCUAGCCUAAGUUUCCUCUGUUUUCUUAUCGAGUCUUUCUUGGUUUCUUCAUCAUACUCUUAAAACGUUUUCUAAAAAUCAUGGGGACUGGAGAAAAAGCUCUGAAAGGCUUCCAUUUACUUCGCAAACAAACGGUCAAAAACAAAGAUGUUCCAAAAGGAUGCUUAGCGAUCAAAGUUGGAUCACAAGGAGAAGAACAACAAAGAUUUGUAGUUCCUGUUUUGUAUUUUAACCAUCCUUUGUUCAUGCAGCUCUUGAAAGAAGCAGAAGAUGAGUAUGGAUUCGAUCAAAAGGGCACCAUCACAAUUCCAUGCGACGUUGCGGAGUUUCGUUACGUUCAAGACUUGAUUGAUGGAGAGAGAUCGGUUAAUCAUAACCAUCAUCAUAGACAUAGUGGUCGCGACCAGUAUCAUCAUCUUGUUGGAUGUUUCAGAGGGUGAAGAAUGAUUAAAUAUAAAUUGAUGAUGGCUAAUGAAUUAUUGUUGUGUUUACAUUUUAGAUCUUUUUUUGUGUUGAUCCUGUGGAGUUGUGGAGCCAAAAAAUGGCCUAACCCAAGAAUGAAGUGAAUUUCUGAACUUUUUUCUGUAAUUGUAUGGAAUUUUAAGACAAAUAAAUUUAAUUUUCUGAUUUUAA